AUGUACGGCAUGAAUACGGCUAUUCUCACGCUACAGUUCACCUACAGAUAUCUCAUCGUGUACAGACAGGAUCUUGUGUAUCUUCUGAAGAUGAAAGGCUACAAGUUGAUGUGGAUAGUUGGUAUUCUACUUUGGUCGAUGAGUUACAUGUUCAUCACAUUCUACUGCUUUGCUGUCACCAUUGAGUAUAAAAACUACGUACGAACACCGAUGAUGGAAAGAUUGAAAAGAAACAUUGACAAAAUGUCAUUCUUCUGCGUAUUUCCCUUUGCGAUCCUCUUUCAAGGAGAACGUCAACGAAGAAACGAUCGUCCACUGGAGAGCGGCCGUUGGACUUGUUCUUAUUGUGUCGCUGAUGCUGUUAUCACUUAUGAUAAUGUUGUACGAUGGUGUGAAAAUCGUUCAAACGUUGGAGAAAGUGGCGAUGAGUAA